CGUAGGGAGCCCGCGGUGCAUGCUGGGUGGGGGCGGGCCGCCGAUGACUGGCCCUGCGGCGCGCCCGCCCCUUCCUUUUGCCUCCUUUCUGUGGUGGUGGAAAGAUGGGGCACCAGCAGCUGUACUGGAGCCACCCGCGCAAGUUCGGCCAGGGAUCCCGCUCCUGCCGCGUCUGCUCCAACCGGCACGGCCUGAUCCGCAAGUACGGCCUCAACAUGUGCCGCCAGUGCUUCCGCCAGUACGCCAAGGACAUCGGCUUCAUCAAGUUGGACUAGAUACCUCUGUGGCAACCAUUGCCGUUGGACAUCAUUUUGCUGAGUGAUUCACCAGACUGAAGAUCUUAUGAACAUGGCAUUGAACAUCAUAUCCCUUUGUACAUAAAAUAAAAAAUGAUUGUCUUA